CUUUCCAUCAGUCCUCUUUCAUCACCUUUGCACCACCACAACAAGGCGCGGCGCGUAGCGCUCGCACGCCGCAAUGUCCAACUUCUUCACCGCGACAUUAUCCGGCAAGGGCUCGCGCGGCGACAAGGGCAAGUCGCGAGGGAGCACGCGCACCUCCGGCUCGUCCACUGCCUCGCACGCCACCUCGCCGACCGACCUCUCCCAGUCAAAGCCCUAUGACCAGCAUCCCUCACGCGCGAUGCCUAGCUCUGGCCCUCAUGGCCCACAUGCUGUCGACGUGAGCAUUACCCCAGCACCCCAACAUGACAACGCUUCCACCUCGAGCCUCGACAUUAGCCGCGAGUUUGGCGCGCACUCGCCCAGCCGUCUCCACGCCGCGAGUCUCAAGCACCAAGCGUCCAACGCGUCUUUGUCCCCGCGCAAGGCUUCGGACAACAUGUCAAUCCGCUCCGUGUCGUCAACCAUGAGCACCAGCACCUUGCAGCGCCCCAACGACGAGCUGGGGAGAUACCCCUCAAUCAAUCGCAUUACGCAGCCCCAGCCCGAGCGCUUGCCCAACGGCAGUCGCGCCAUCCCAACAGGCAACUCCACACCGCUGUCCGGACCGCCCUCGGCAUACAUCCAAGGGUAUACAACAGCCCACAGCACACCUCCCCCGCUACCUGCGUCGUACACCCCUCCCCCACCUCAGCACGCAUCCUCCAGUACUCCACCACCUUACGCCUCGUCGUCGCAGGGGCCCUCCACUCACCCUCCUGCCUCUUACUCGACUUCGUCCUCGUUGGCUUACGCCGCGGCCUCAAACUCGCGUGCUGCUUCUCAAUCGCAACCCCGCACAACGACCUCUCCCGCCCCCUCAACAUAUGCACCAUCCACUUACGCUUCCUCGACCUACACACGUUCCAUUUACACACCUUCCAUCGCCUCCCACUCUACAACCAAGCUGACAGACGAGUUCAGCUUCCCUCGGCCGUCAGACGAGGAAGUGGAGCAGCGAUUCUUGGAGCUCGUCCGCAACCGUGACCUCGACCACGAUCUCAUGGGCUCGCCAGCGCCGUCGCUGUCGUCAAGGACGGCCAAGUCUCGAGGCGCACAGCGAACGUCUACUCAGACGAUCUCGGCGGGCGCUCGUGCGACUUCAACAUUGUCAAUCAGCACCAAGUGGCAAAUGGUCGAGGCGGAAGCGCGCCAGCAGUGGGAGAGGAGAAAGAAGCAGCAAAAGCAGCUGCAGGUGGAAGGCUUUAAGACUGGGCGAGGGAAGAAGCCAGUGGAGGCGACCAUAUCCCGAGACAGCCCCGAGUGGUUCAUCCGCAAGGUCCUCGACAACCAGCUCACUCACCAGGAUUUGGUGACACUCGGCGUCAGCCUGCGCACCUUCCCGCUCAAUUGGAUCCAGGAGUUCAUGGACUUGAAGGGCCUCGUCGUCAUGUCCAACUACCUCAAUACAUUGACACAUCGACGAAGCAAAGCUGGGCCUGAUGUGGACAUGGAACUCGAGCUGCUCAAGUGCCUGCGAACGGCUAUGAACAACAAGUUCGGCCAAGAUGAAGCCAUCAACAAACCCCAGGUCAUCUACGCCAUCGGGCAAUCCCUUGUAUCUGCUCAUCCGUCGUGUCGCAAGGUCGCAGGAGAGAUCCUCGUUGACUUUGCCUACCUCGACAUUGGCAGCAGCGACCGCGUCGGCUUGUCAAUUGUGCUGCGAGCCUUUGAGCAGCUACAGGCGCAGUACAAUCAGCAAGUGGGCGUGUCGAAGAAGUUGUCCAAGUUCGAGCGGUUCAUACGCCUGAAUGAGGAGUUCGCCCUCAGUAGGGGCCGCAUGGGCAGCACAGUUGGACAAGGUCCGCUUGUCAAGGGCAUGGACAACCAGCAACUUGUCGAGUACUUUGAAAUCAUCGUAUUCCUGAUCUCGGGACUCGUGUCCGCAUCCGACCUCCGCACGCGGAUGUCUAUCCGCAGUCAGCUCGACGUCGCCAAUGUAGGGGCUCUACUCGAGACGAUCAAGGACUGGCGGGAGCCGAGGCUUCUGAAGCACAUCGAGCAAUUCUACGACGAGGAGGAGGCCGACCGGAAAGAGUUCCUCGAAGAACAAGCUGUGGCGCAGGUUGAGACGAUGAAGAACCCAGAGGAGAUGGUGCGCGCCCUUUUGGAGAAGACCAAGGGUUCCAAAGCGAGCGCGUACCUGCUCAACACCUUCCGUCACAUGCUCCUCAUUAAGGAGGAGGGCGAUGAGCGUACCCGCUUUUUCCAGCUCAUUGACCAGCUCAUCCAGAGCAUAGUCAUGCACGACUCACCCGAUCUUAAUCAGGACUUCUCGCGCGCCUUUGGCAUCUCGGUCUCGCAGCUCAUGGGCAAAUUUGUGGACCAGCAGCAGCUCGAAAGAGUCGAGGCUGAGAACAAGCAGCUCAAGUCUGACUUGGCCGGGCUCAAACGCGAGAAGCAGGACCUCCUGGAUGAGAUGGCCGAGGGCAACCAGAGUCUCGUUGACCGUCUGAGGAAACAGAUUGCCGAUCUCCAGAAGAAGCUCAGCAGCGCACGUGCUGCUUGGGAGAGCUCUGAGGACACAAGGAAACGCGAGAAGGCCGACUACGAAACGCGCAUCGCCGAGUUGGAGCUCUACAUCCAGGAACUGUUCAACAUGCUUCGCGAGACCAACCACCUUGACCAAGUACAGGCGAUGACCGACGGCCCCAUCGACCGUCAUAAGCUCAUCCACGACCUGCGCGAGCAAUGGGAGCGCAAGAAGACCAUCCGCAAGCUCGAGGGCGGUGGCAGCCGCAAAAGGCCGACACGGUCCAACACCAUGACGACUAUUGGCACUGUCGAGACCGAGAGCUCCUUUGGCGACGACAUAGGCGAAGACUACGAGGACGGCGAGGUGUUCCAAGCCCAUGAGGAACGCUUCCAGACCUCAGACCCGCGCUUCUUCGAGAACCGGAGGCGGUCGUCUCACGGCAAGUCGUUGUCCAACCAGACCGCAAUGUCUGGCACGCAGUUCAUGGACGCUGAGGAGGAGCGUGUGCGCUCGCACAUCGAGGACUCGUUGGUCCGUGGUGUGGACCGGGUGGCUCCCAUGCGUCUCUCGAGCGCCGGUUUCCGGAGCACGCGCGGCGACGGCCACCGUCGGGGUGGGGCACCAAAUGCUCCUCCUGUCCGGGAGAAGUCUAUACUAAGAACCAACUCGAAGAAGGCCUCAAUUCCGCCUCGCUUCCUCGAGGAGAUACGGUACGGCGCGCUGCAAGGUCAGCAGCGCAGCGUGUCGGCUCCAUUGAGUGGCCGCGCGUCCAUGUCCAAUGUCGUCAACUUGGACGAGGACGCGCCCGACUUCUUGCUCGCGCUGCAGGCCGACCCAAUGCUCUCCAAGGUGUACCGCGCAGACCCAGCCGUCGCUGCUGCCCUCCGCCAGGACCCCGCCGUUGUCGCUGCUCUUCGUGUGGACCCUGCCGUUGCCGCGUCGCUCGCCGAAACAGGCUCUGGGUCCUUCACUCUGGACGACCCGGUGCCAUCACCACGAGACUCCAAAAUGUCCAACACCGUCCGGCCCAACCCCGAGCUUGCCGCCGCGCUGCGGGGAGAGGGUGACUCGAGCCUUGCUCGCGCCGUGCGGGCCGAUCCCACAGUCUCUGCUGCAGUGCGGGCCGAAUCAGCCAUCUCUGCAGCCGUUCGCGCCGACCCCGAGUUGGCUGCCGCUUUACGUGGGGAGGGCACGUCGCCGCUCGCUGAAGCUGUUCGUCGCGACCCGAGCGUCGCAACUCCAGUGCACGUCGACGCGAAGGCGCUACGUGGCGAGGGCGAGUCUCCACUCGCCCGCGCCGUCCGCGCAGACCCGGCGCUGGGUGCUGCCCUGCGCGGCAAGGGCGACUCGCCGCUUGCUCAGGCCGUACGCAUUCCGUUCACGACGCGUGCCGCCCCGCAGAACAUCGAGCUGGCGACGGCCUUGCGCGGGGAGGGCAAUUCUGCUCUUGCCCAGGCUGUGAGGGCCGAUCCGGCAGUGUCCGCCGCUGUCCGCGCCGAUCCCGCCGUCGCUGCUGCCGUCCAGACCGACCCCGAGCUCCAGGCUGCCCUGCGCGGAAAGGGCGACUCUCCUCUUGCUCAAGCUGUCCGCGCCAACCCCGAUAUUGCAACGGCUGCUCCAGCAGACCAAGAGCUGGUUGCCGGGCUGCGUGGGAAGGGCGACACCCCCCUCGCAAAGGCUGUCCGAGUGUCAGCCACGCCUACCGUGGCUUCGACCGUGGCAUCCACUGCUGAAUCCAGCACCUCAUCGGCGGACCAGUCGACUGCCGCCUCAUCCACAACGUCGGUCUCUGUCCACGAUCACUCAGCGCUCCUCAGCGAAAGCGACUCUUCUCUGGCAAGGGCGGUGCGCUCAUUCCCCGGUCUGGGGUCAGAGCUGCAGGGCAAGGGCGACACGCCCUUGGCUCAAGCAAUUCGCGCCGAGCCCACACCUGUCCGCUCCUCCUCCAUCAGCAUUGCUAUUCGCCGUCCCGACCCCGGCGCGCUCCGUGGUGAGGGCGACUCCCCGCUGGCGCGCGCUGUCCGCGCCGACCCGGAGAUGGCAAGGGCUCUGCGAGGCGAAGGCCAGUCGAUUCUCGCCCAGGCCGUACGCGCUGAGCCCAUCGUACUGGCAGCUGCUCGCAGCGACCCGGAGAUGGCAGCGGCUCUGCGCGGGGAAGGCGCGACCAUACUCGCUCAGGCCGUCCGGGCCGAUCCGUCCACGUUCUCCGCGGUCCGCGCCCAAGCAGACUCACUCGCAGCCCGUCGCAAGGCGUCCAUCUCGCGUGGCGGGCUCAACUUUGCGACUGGAGGGUUCAGCGUCCCAGCGUCGGGUGAGGUGCUGGACGAGUUGGACGAGUCUCCACGGUCGCCUUUAUCUCCAAGAACGACCUUCUCGGGCGGUCUUGCGCCUUUGCCUACCAUCGCCCGUGCUGGCACUUCGCCAUCUCACGAGUCCUUCGCGUCCCAGGUCCUCACUCGCGCGCGAAGCGUGCGGGGUGGAUCCAGCGAGCCCGACGACUACAUGCCCAACACUCUGCCGCCGAUGCCAACAGUCGACGAGUCCGACGAGCACCGCGCGGUUGCCGCACAUGCGGCCGAGCAAGCACGCCUGGAAGCAGAGUCAUCAGGCGAUGAUGCGGGCCAGGCUACAGUUAAGGUCACCGGCUUCACGCCUGCAGGAGCCACUCCCCCUCCUCCACCUCCACCACCACCACCUCCUCCCCCGCCUCCGCCCCCACCACCUCCACCCCCGCCUCCUCCUCCCCCGCCUGCUCGUGGGCCACCCUUGCUUGCCGAGCUGGCUGCCAGACUGCCAGACCCCAGCAGCAACGCGCCACCAGCGCCACCACCACCGCCGCCACCACCUCCUCCCGGUGGAAUGCCAGGGCGGCCAGCUGGCCCACCUGGUAUGGCUGGUUUGCUGGCCGGUAUCCGUGGAGGCGUCAACCUCGCCAAGACUGGCGGCACGCCAAAGAAGGUCUCGGCCCCUCCACCGCCACCUCCUCCCGGCUCUAUGGGCACGAUCUCUCGCGCACCCGGUGCUCCUCUCAACGCGCUGUUCCACGGCGUUAACGACUCGCGCAAGCAUGUGCCAAACAUGGCGUCUGGAAGGAUGAAGCAGCUGCAAUGGGACAAGGUUGCAAAGGGCCAGCUCGGCAACACGGUCUGGGCCGCUCCUGAGCAGCUCUCCGCCGAAGAGGAGCUCGUGCAACGCAUGAAGGCCGCCAACCUCUGGUCCGAUAUCGAGAACGAGUUCAAGGCCAAGGAAAUCCUCUACGAUGCGGUGAAGAAGAAGAAGGAGACUGAGUUGCUCAGUGUCCUGUCACCCGACCUGCGCAAGCGUAUCGAGAUUCUCAUGGCCGGCAGCAGCGCGAAGAACUUCAAGGAACCCGAGAGGCUCAGCGAGGCCAUUGCCAACUUCAACAGCGAGUUGUGCUCCGAGACGUUCCUGCACGAACUGCAGGGCGUGCUUCCUAAUGAUGACGAGCGCGGCAAGCUUCUUACGCACUCUGCCGACUCGCCGGCCGAGCUCGAGCGCCUGCACCCGGCCGACCGGCUCAUGGUCCGCCUCAUCCAGGUGCCUCAUUUGGCUGACCGCGUCAAGGGCAUGCUCUUCCUCGUCAGAUUCCAGGGCAACAUUGACCUCCUGCAGCAGAGUCUCGACCUCCUGGUUGUCGCGUGUCACGACCUCCGCAACGCCACGCUGUUCCACCAGCUGCUGAACGUCAUCCUCACGAUGGGCAACUACCUCAACGGCACCAACUUUGCGGGUGGCGCGUACGGUUUCAAGAUUGGCUCCAUUAACAAGCUUGUGGACACCAAAUCGACGAAUGGGCAGAACUUGUUGCACUUCCUUGAGCGCACGGUAUCGACGCACUUCCCUGAGCUCAAUGGCUUCCUCGACGAGCUGGCCAAGCCAUCCGAGGCGAACCGCGUCAACUUUUCCGACAUGCAGGCGCAGUCCAAGUCCAUGCUUGCGGAGAUCCGCGCGAUCCGGGCCUCUCUUGAGGACAACUUCCAGGACUCGACGGACGGCUACGCACGCAAGAUGUUCCGCUUCUCGGCAAGUGCCGAGGAGGACCUUCAGAGCCUGCGCGAUGACAUUGUCAAUGCCGAGAAGGGCCUGCGCGACGUGGAGAACUACUACGGCGAAGGCGAUGAGCACGGGCGCCCGAUGCAGAGCCAGGACUUCUUUGGCAUCUUCCGGACGUUCACGUCGUCCUACAAGUUCUGUCGGCAGCAAAACCGUGCCCGGGCGGAGGAGAUUGCGUUGCGAGAGCGCCGAGCGGCAGCCCGCGCUGCGCUUACGCCUCAACCCACCGGCGCGUCGUCGAAUGAGACGAACCUCAUGGACACGCGCCUCCAGCGUCUCAAGCUGGAGGGCACGCCGCGCAUCCGGCGUGAGCGGCGGCAACCUGCGCCGCCUCCAUCUCCGCUCCCUGCCAACGUGGACUUUAGCCAGUUCAUGCUGCCAAACAGCCAGGAUGACAACGUCGACUUUGGCUCGCUGGCCCAGCAGAUGAUUACCAACUUGUCCACUACCGGUAUCGAAGACCUCGGUACAAGAGAGCCUGUUGUGAGGCGCUCGCCCGCCUCCCCGACGCCAAUGACGGCGCGCGGUUCCAAUGGCUCAAUGCUGGGCAAGUUGCCCGAGGAGGAAGAAGAGGAGCCCCGAUCAAGGCCUACGAGCGAGCAGCUCAUCAUUGACUUGAGCACGCCGCUCAAGCGUGCGAGCAUAAGCUCCCACCGCUCAAGCCAGCGAUUGAGCGUGCAUACACAAGCUAGUGAGCGCAGUGAACGAGAUGGAGAGCGCGACAGCGAGCGAAGCGACCACAUGUCCAUCUCCUCCAACAGCGGCCGGGCGAGCCGAGUGGAGAUUGAGCUCGCGAGCGACGAGUCCAACGACGAGGCAUUUGCGACACCAGAGAACAAGCCGUCGUCCAUCUUUGAGACGCUUGCAGACGACGAUGAGGCGGGCGACGAGACAAUACUCGCCGAGCGGCCUCCUUCCCUUACCUAGAUCAUGUGAUUGUACUUAGUACCCAGCAUCUUGUCCACCCUAGUAAUGAACUUUUGGGAUGCAUGGGAUCGGUGAUUC